UUAUAUAUAAAGGUAAGUAAUGGAAUAAAUUCUGUGAUAUUUUGUUCAAAAUGAGGGUUCUUGGUCUGGUUCUCGUUUGCAGUUGCUUGGUUACAAGUGGUUUUGGAGAUAUUUCUAAUAAAACAUUCCCCGAGACAUUUAAAUUUGGUGCCGCCACUGCGGCCUACCAAGUGGAAGGUGCUUGGAAUGAAGAUGGUAAAAGGGAAAGUAUAUGGGACAAGUUUGUGCACGAGGACCCAACUAGAGUAAAAGAUCAACUAAAUGGAGACGUUGCAUGCGACUCCUACCACAAAUGGCAGGAAGAUAUAGAACUCUUGAAAGAACUAGGAGUCAAACUUUACAGAUUCUCCAUUUCAUGGCCAAGAAUCCUACCAAAUGGUACACCAAACAAAAUUAACCAGGCUGGAAUAGAUUACUAUCGCAAAGUAACUUAA